AUGGUUCCUAUCGAAAGAGAUGUCAUAAGAGAUGGAAACUUCCAUCUUGGUAUCAUAAGAUUGCUCGCUAAUGGUGGCCGCAGCAUCAUGGUCGUAAGAGAUAGGAUUUGCACUCGUUCGGCUUCAUCAUUCGGGCUAGCCAACCAGCCUCCAACACAGGACAUUGUUAUCUGGCCUGAACUACUCAUUGCAGGAACAAAAAAUUUGCAAGGGGAGUUGAUUCAUCGAAAACCCUUAUUUUCAAACAUCAGAAAGCACAAAUGCAAAGACAUAAAACCACAUUUUCUGAUUCACUGGAAACGGGCUGAGAAGGCUAACAGCAAGGCCAAUAUUAUGGCAAAUAGAUGA